GUUUGUUGCGGGCGUCGGUUCGUCUCGUUCACGUUCGCGUUCGCCUUUGCCUUUGCCUUUCCGUGUCCGUCUUCGUCUCCGUUUGCAUACUCGAAAGUUAACCGUGGAGUGAAGUGAAGUGCAGUGAAGGAUCAUCAAAGUGCUUAUAAUUAUGACCAAAUACAAUAAUGCGAACGGCAUGUUGAUUGGCGCAAUUGCGACCAAUGACAACGCCAUCAAACAGGAAUACAACGGCUAUCUACAGCAAACAAAUUCAACUGGCUUUCGCUACAACAACAACAACAACAGUAACAAUGACGACAACAUUAACCACCUGUCACACGGAAAUAUGCAUCAGAAUCCACACCAGACACUGCAGCAUUUCUUUAGCCGCUUCAAUGCCGUCGGCGAUGCCAGCAGCGCCGCCUGCAGCUUCGGCAAUAGGAAUCACCAAUCCACAGAGGGCAGCAAACAGCUCUCCAUGACAUCUUCGCCCAUAUACACCACGGACUACGACGACGAGGACAGCAGCUUGAGCUCCGAGGAGCAUGUGCUGGCGCCACUUGUCUGCGCCUCGGCCCAGUCCUCGCGGCCCUGCCUCACGUGGGCCUGCAAGGCGUGCAAGAAGAAGAAUGUCACCGUGGAUCGACGCAAGGCGGCGACAAUGCGAGAGCGACGGCGUCUGAGAAAGGUUAACGAGGCCUUUGAGAUCUUGAAGCGUCGCACAUCAUCCAAUCCCAAUCAGCGCCUGCCCAAGGUUGAGAUCUUGCGCAAUGCCAUCGAAUAUAUCGAGAGUCUCGAGGAUCUGCUGCAGGAAUCCACGCCCACUCGCGACGGCGACAAUCUGGCGCCCAGUUUAAGCGGCAAGAGCUGCCAGUCCGAUUAUCUGAGCUCCUAUGCGGGUGCGUAUCUGGAGGAUAAGCUCAUCUUUUACAACAAGCACAUGGAGAAAUAUGGACAAUUCACGGAUUUCGAUGGGAGCUCCAGUGCGAAUGGCUCCAGCUUGGAUUGCCUCAAUCUCAUUGUGCAGAGCAUCAAUAAGAGCACAACGAAUGCUGUACAGAUGACAGCGACCGCCAGCAAAGUCACCACAGUUGUGACCACCAACAGCGCCAGUAGCACGAGCACCACCAACACCACCACAACCACAGCAACAGGCAAACGGAGCACCUCCUCGUUGAACGCCAACUUCAAGCAGAAAUGUAGCACCUAGCAUUAGCAUUAGC